UCACACCUUAAUCCAUGUAUUUAUUAUCUAUGAAUAAUUUACAUUGUAUUUUCGUUUUCUAUGGUUAAAUCGUGGAAACCUCGUAGAGUAAUACAGAGAGGCCGUUCCCUAUAUCGUACUAUACAACGAGUUGCACAAAAUGUUUCUAUUUUAUAGUACCAUUACUUUUGAAAAAAAAUUGUAAAAUAUUUGGUACGAUGUGUUGUCUGUACUUUAAUAUGUUGCAUGGGAAUUAUGAUUUUGUCACUGAUAAAGUGAUAACAUAUUUCAGUAGUAGUAACCAGUGUACCAGAUAUUUCACAAUAUUUUUUUAUAAAAGUAUGUGUAUUCUAUAAAAUAGAAACCUUUUGCGUUUCAAUAUACAGACGGAACGGCAUCUCUAUAUUGCUCUAUGGGGUAUCUACUAAAUAAAAUAUGCAUGGCAAGACAUAUUUUAGUUCGUGGUUGUGCCGAAUCGAAACAUUUAAAAGUCAUUCCUCCACUCACCCUCAGACUGUCGUUACCAUUCCAGUGUAUCUUAGUUUGUGAUAUCACCUAGUCAGUGGCACGUGGUUUAAGUUUUCAGUCGGAGCGGUUAUAAUAUAUUAUGGAUUGUUGAUCACAUAGACCGGGGCUCUGCAGCACUCGACGUUUUUGAUAAGAAUAGUUCCCGGUCAAUUUAUCUCGUAGCGCUACCAUUAAUAUUUUGUAUCAAUAGCCGUGUUUUUAUUAAUUAUAGAUGAUCAUUAAUUUAAUUAUUAAAGCAAAAUCAUGUAUAGAUUAUUUAAAUUUCGUUCUCAAAUAAGUUAUGGUCCUCAAGUAAUUUCAAUUAAAAACUCUCUUCUACCAAAAGUCAUGAAUUGUUCAAACAUAUCGAGUAAUAUUUACUAUUUAUUAUGGUAUGAUAUUAAAGUUGGUUUAAUUUAAUUUAAUUUGAUUAAGGUUGUUUGUGUUUACGGUUUCGAUCUACGACCUCUGAAAGUAUACAAAAUAAAACACUGACAAAAACUAAACAAUUCAAAAAAAAGAAACAAUUUACAGAAGUGGUUCAAGGUUAGUGUUAAUUACAAUAUCUAACUUAAACAAUUACUAUAAAAUAUCUUAGUACAUUUUUAUUAGUGUAUUACACUAAUUUUUAGGAAUUUUAAUUUAUAAUUAUUUAAUAAUCCCUGGAUUUUUUUAAAAUUAAACUUAGUGUUUGUUUCUGUACUUCGUAACUAAGAACAAUUUUAUGUUACUUGAAUCCUUCUCCUUGUCUUUAAAAAUUAUAAGUAUUAAUUUUAAUUUGUUUUGUGUUUAGUUACUAAUGGUGUCACCAGUCAAUCUAAAGUAAAAUUAAAACAUUUAAAACCUAAUCAAGUUCAUAAAAUGGUUUCUUGUAAAAAACCAGUGGCUAUUUUUCCUAAAACAGAAAAAAAAAAGAAAAAUUCUUCUGUUAUAACUAGCACAAAUACUGAAUCCAACAUGAACAAAAUUUGUCUUCAAGAAAAAUUUUUAGAUGAUAUAGAUGAAAUGAAUGAUGAUCAAAUUAAUUUGCUAAAAGAUACUGAAUUACUACAAACAAUAGCAAUGGCAGAAAAUGAUACUGACAUGAAAUUUUGUUCUAACAGCAUAAAAGAAGAACAAGAGUUUGUUGAUAUGUACACCAGAAUGAAAUCAUCCAAAGCUAAGGACCAAUUGUGAGUAAAAAUAAAAAAAUAAAAUCAUUGUUAUUAUUCUAUUAUUAUUCAAUUCAAUUUUUAAAGAUUACAAAAAGAAAAUAUUCAAACAUUUGCUGAACAAAAUAAAAAUAAUCUAAAAGAAAUGAUAAAACAGAUGAAUAUUAAAGGCCGCGAGAAAAGUCUGAACCAAACACUCUUGGCAUAUAUAGAUUUAUGUGUAAAUACUAAAUUUCAUAUUUUAUUAUGUCUACCUUAUCUUAUUUUUAACUUUUUUAUUUCAUACAGAUUUUAAUUGUUUUAGGUAUGUUGUGGUUUUCUAAAUAGAGGACUAGCUGCUUUAACUCAGUAUUGUUAUAAAAGUCUGUCAAAUAAAAUAUCACUAAAGAUAACUGAUAUUAAUAUUUUUACAUGUUUAAUGCAUGGUUUUGCAAGUAAGGUAAUUAAUUAAUUUCUUUUUCUUUUUGAUAGUAUCAAAAUAUACUGUACAUUUAGAUGGUAAUAGUUAGUAUUUAUACUUUUCUGAUUUAAACAAUUAAUAUGGUUUAUGUUUAUAAGCUUCACACCUUCACACUAUUUUGAUUUUUUAAUAUAUAUGAAAUACACUUGAAAGGCCCCGGGGAAAAACGAUAAUCGUCAAUAUUUCUAAAAUGUUCAGUAUUUCAGUUUUAAAGUUCCAAAACUAUAUUAAAACCUUAUUAAACCGUAUAUUUAAACCUUUGUUAUAUCACUGAUUGUGAUUUUUAUGCCCAAACCUGAUUUACAUAUCAAUUUGUUUGGAAACAAAUGUAAUUAUUGUAUUAUUUUUUUUUACUGUUACUGUUUUUCUCUUUAGACUCAAUUCUAUUAUUAAAAUAAUGGACUAUGUUAUUGAUAAUUUUAAGAUUAUAACCUCUCAGAAAAAAAAAAUAUACAAUUUGUGUUAUGCAGUUCUAUAUGUUAUAUACAUUAUUAGGGUGAAAUAGAUGUCACAAAGUUUUAUUUUAAUUAUUUUUGUUAAAUUGACAGUUUUUAAUUUACAAAUUGAUAAAAAAUCAAAAUUAACCACCCUUUCAAAAACCAUAUUUUUUUAGGGGAACUAUGAAAAAUUGAAAGAAAUUUGGAAACUAUUAGAAUUGUCACAAGUUAAACCUAAUAUACAAGUAUAUGCGGCUACACUUGAAUGUUUAAUAAAUAAAAAAGAACCGUGUCCUAUUAAUGAGUUACAAAAAGUAUCUAAACAGCUUAUUUCUGGUGUAAGUUAUUAAAAAUAUACAUUUUGUCCAUUUUAUGAUAUGAUUUCUAUUUUAUAGGGAUUUUCAUUUCAAGAUUUAUUUGACAAAUGCAUCUUUAUUGGAAAUCAACGAGAACAAGUCCUAAAAGCUGUAUAUUUACUAGAUCCUUCAUUUGUGUUAAGUAAAAAUAUGGAAAAUAUAUAUUAUUCCUGCCCUCUUCUAGAUCAUUUAAACAAACAAAAGGUAAGAAUAUUUUUAAAAUUGAAUUAUAGUUAGAAUAUAUAUAUAUAAUAUUUAUUAAGUUAUUAUUUUAUGUUUAGUUCACAUUUAAAUGUCCUGCUGAAGGUCUUUUGAGUGAAAAAAAAAUGCAUGAACUAGUGCAUAAUCAAAUAGAAAUGGAAAUGGCUUCUAUUGUAAAAGUAAAGUCAGUUGAUAAUAAUGUUUCACCUUCUCAAAAAGUGUUAAACUAUGCAAGUAUUUAAAAAUGUCAAUUUAUGUAAAAUAAAUUAUAUUAUAUUAUAUGCCCUAAAAAAAAUAUAAGAAUAUUUAGCCCAAUAUUAUACCUAAUAAUAACAAUUUCCAAAGGCUUUGAUAUUAUCCUAAUCAAUUUAAUAGUACAAUGCUUAGUUUUUAAAUUUUAUGAAAUUAAGUUUUUAGAUGGUGUUCAAAUAUUACUUUAGUAGUUUUUUUUGUCUUUUUAAACCAACUUCCCUUACCUGGUGAAAUAGGGGAGACUUCUUACACAAGAAUAGUUUUUACCCUCUCUCUUGUCAGUUGAUUUCAGUACUUCAUAGCUCACAUUAAAUGAUUAUGUAACACUUGAAUAUCUCUUUAAAUAAUUUGUUCAGUUGGUUAGAUUUAAUUUUCAAAUUAUAUGUUUAUAGAGAAAAAAAUUAGAACUUUUACAAGAAAAGUGGAAAAAAACUAUACGUAAUGCAAUUACUCGUGAAUUGGAAGUAAUAUGUGCUCAACAAAAUUGUUUAAAGUCUUAUCGUAACGUAAAUAUCUAUCCUUAUUUAAGAGUUUUAAAUUCAGAACAAUAUGUUGAUAUAAUUUUACAAGAAGUACGGAAGUUAGCUGAAGGAUCCGAAACAUUUAGUCCAACAGUACAUUUUCUCUAUCGACAAUUAGCUAAUCAAGUUCGAUUAAGGUAGUUAAUGUUAUUAGUCUCGUAUAAAUAAUGAAUAUUUUUUAAAUAUUAUAUUUUAAUUAUAGGUAUCAAAUCAAAUAUAAAAAAAACACAAAAGUUUUGGAAAAAAUAAAAACUGUUUAUAGUGAUUAUUGUUCAUGGUACAUAAAUAGUGAACAUUCUGAUAGUCAAAAUACAAGACAACAAUGGCAAAAAUUGGUUCACAAAUAUAAAUCCAUAGGUGCGGAUAUUGUAAGUAUUGUAUUUGCUUCAUUUUUGUUUAGGUUUUAACCAGAUAAUUUAAAAUUAAACAAAAAACUCUUUUUCUAUGAUAUUUAUUUUAAUUUGAAAUCUGUAAUAUUUUUGUUAUUCAAAUAUUCAUCAGUAAUAAAUACUAUGACAUGUAUUUAUUUUUACUAAGUAAAAUAAAAUCAAUUGGGGUUUUACUCCACCCUGAUUGGUUAGCUAAUUUAAAACAUAUCUGUACAAAAAAAAAAAAGGUAUGCCAUUCAUAAGAUAUUACAAUUUUAAAAACAAUACGAGAUAUCACAAUCUCAAAUUUUUUAGCAGCUGUCCAUUUGUUUACACAGUAAUGUUUUUCAUGUUUUAAUUUAUAUUAUGUCUUUGAAAUACAAAUUUAACAUAUUUUGCUAAAAUUCAUGUUUGUUUGACAUUUUAUUGUAAUUAUAGUAAAAAUAUUAAAUUAUUUAUUAAAAUAAAUGAAACAUGCAUAUCCCAUAUGGGUGUAACAUAUGUUGAGCCAUUUUACUUUGUAUUUCUAUCAAAAUUUAUAUUUACAAAUUUAGGUAGGAUACUUUUUGUUGUGACAUCGAAUACUUAUUCUUUUUGUAUUGAGUAAGCUGCUAUACCUAUAGUUGUAAGAUAACUAAUGAAAUUCUAUAUUAUACAAAAAUGUUUGUAAACCUAUAAUAUGGCUGUAUAAUCAAUAGUUUAAAACACAAACAAUUUAAGAAAAUACAAUCAAAACUAUUGUAGCAUUGAGUUUAAUAAAUUCUAGUUAGACUUAUUGUAUACAAAGUAAAUGAGUAAGUAAAGUGAAUUAUUUUAAUAGAUAACUUGAAAGUUUAGUGAUUACAAUAUAAAACUGCAUGUAAGGCUAUAGUCGCAAGUGUUGUUGUGUGAUCUUGUGAUAUCUUGUGACAUUUAAGCUCUAUCGUAUCAGCGUGUCAACAUACCCAAAAUUUUAUACUAAAAAUAAUUUUAUCAGUGGAAAAUCUAUCAAUUCAUUUUUUUUUUUUUUGUUUCAUGAUCCUUUGAAAAAUGUUUUUUAUUUAAAUAAAUUAUAAUAUUUAACUAGUAAACUAUAUUUUUUUUUCAUAAUUAAAUUUAAUAAUAUUAAAAUGACCUUGUUAAAUAUCAAAUAUUGUACAUUAUUUAUAAUUCAAUUCCAAUAAAUUAUUUAUGAUCAUUGAAUGUAUUUAUUUUAUAUCUGUUUUUAGGAAAUCGAAGAUAAACAAUGGUCUUCAACUAUACUAAAUAGUAUUGGAAAAUUUCUGUACAAUAUUAUUAUUAAAGAUAUAAAAAUUGAUGUUAAUAUCAUGAAAGAUAAUAAUAAAGAAGAGUAAAUUAUAAAAUAUUAUUGCAUAUUAAAAUAUUUAUUUCAUAUACUUUUAUAUAAUUUUUAGGCAUUUAUUACCCGCAUUUUAUACAGUGUUUCGUGGACAAGGUCAACAUGUGAAACAAGAAAUUAAACCGCAUCCUAUAUUAUCAAAACUUUUUCAAGCAUCGAAACCUGAUGAUUUAAUGUUUGAUGUUUCUUUGAUUCCCAUGUUAAGUCCCCCUAUUCCUUGGACAUCAAUUAAUUUUGGUGGCUAUAUUGUUGCUAAAGCAGAUCUGAUAAGGUUAAUAUAUUUUUUUAGGUUGCAAAUAAUAAAUCAGGUUAUACUUUGUGAUGUUUGAAUAUAUAUGUAAUACAGUAUUCAUAUAUUUAUUUAGGCUACCUCAACAAGCUAUUUUACAAUGGUAUAGACUUGAGCAAACACCAAAACAAGAACUUUAUCCAGCCUUAGAUGCUCUGAAUCAGUUAGCAUCUAUACCAUGGACUAUUAAUAAACCAGUAAAAUUAAUUAUAUUUAAAGUUUAUAAUGUAAAAUGUUUCCAUUAUUAACUUUGGAAGUGAUUUUUUUGAAAUAGGUUUUGGAUGUAGUACUUCAAGUAUUCCGUUCUGGCGGUUCUUCAAAAUUAGAUAUUCCAAAACCAACAUCUGCUUUUCCAUCCCCACAACCCAUAUUACCAACCAUGACUAAAGAGGAACGUUCCAAAUUGCAUAAAGAAAGAGCAUUAUUAAAACGUGAAAAAGCCGAAACAUUCAGUUUGUGGUGUGAUGCUUUAUAUCGGCUUUCUUUAGCAAAUCAUGUAUGUAUCAUUAAAUUUAAAAAAAAUAAACGUUGAACAAAAAUAAUUAAUAUAAUUUUAGUUUUGUGGUAAAAUAUUUUGGUUACCUCAUAAUAUGGAUUUUCGUGGACGAGUAUAUCCAUGCCCUCCUCACUUAAAUCAUUUGGGCUCAGAUAUGGCCAGAUCAUUAUUAUGUUUUGCUAAAGGAAAACCUCUUGGAGCCAAUGGUCUUAACUGGCUAAAGGUAAUUUUUGUAAAUUAAUCAUUUGUAAUGUAAAUACCUUAUACUAAGUAUAUACUUAAUACAUGAUGUAAUGUAAAUUAAUUUUUAGAUACAUUGUGUUAAUUUAACUGGAUUGAAAAAAAGAGAUUCUAUUAAACAGAGACUUCAAUAUGCAAAUGAGAUACUUCAAGAUAUUUUAGAUUCUGCCGAAAACCCUUUACAAGUGUGCAUAAAUAUUACUAAUAUUUAACUUUGCCAGUCUUAUUAGUAUAUUUAUUUUGUAUUAUUAUUUUAUGAAUUCAUGAUUUACUAGGGAAAAAUGUGGUGGGCUGAAUCCGAAAGUCCUUGGCAAACUUUAGCAUGCUGUAUUGAGAUAUCCCGUGCAUUACAGUCGAAAAAUCCAGAACAUUUUAUUUCUAAUUUUCCUGUUCACCAAGAUGGAUCAUGUAAUGGUUUGCAACAUUAUGCAGCUUUAGGCAGAGAUUAUGCUGGUGCUGUGAGUGUCAAUUUAACUCCUUCGGUUGUUCCACAAGAUGUUUAUAGUUGUGUUGCGGCUAUGGUAAAACAUUGUAAUUUAUUAUUUGAAAAAUAUUUGUUAAUUUAUUUAUUUUGAAGGUUGAACGCGAACGCUGUAAAGAUGCUAAAAAUAAUAUUGCCAUAGCAAAAUAUUUAGAUGGAUUUGUCAGACGUAAAGUGAUAAAACAAACUGUGAUGACCACUGUAUAUGGUGUGACUAGAUUUGGUGCUCGUUUACAGAUUGCAAAGCAAUUGAAAGGUUAUUAUUUUCUAAAUUUAGUUUACAUCACAUAUAUUAAUUGUAUAUUUAAUAAUAUUUUAUGGCUUUCUUUGUAAGAUAUUGACUCAUUUCCCAAAGAUAAAGUUUGGCCAGCUUCUACUUAUUUAGUAUCAAAAACAUUUGAAAGUUUAAGAGAGAUGUUCACUUCUACAAAAGAAAUUCAAGUAAUAUAUAAUUCAUUUUUGAUAUUUAUUUGUUAUUGUUAAUUUAUAUUAUCUAUGUUAUGUUAUAUAGUCUAAAUUUUGUUUUUAGUAAUAUUUUUUUAUUUGAUUACAUUUUCUUUUUUCCAAUAUAAUUUAUAUUAUGUAUAUUAUUUUAGGAUUGGUUUACUGAAUGUGCUCGUAUAAUAUCACAGUCGUGUGGUCAAAGUGUUGAAUGGAUAACACCGUUAGGAUUACCAGUAGUUCAACCUUACAACCGUAGAAAUAAAUUCCACGACUGUUCAAAACAACCAAAUAAUAUUAAAAUAGGAGAGCAUUUUAUAUUGGAUAUGUAUGAGUAAGUAUUAUAUAAAUUAACGUAAUCUGUAAUUUAUUUUUUUCAUCAUUUAUUAUUAUUUCUAGUCGACCAAAUAUAAUGAAACAAAAAAACGCUUUUCCUCCUAAUUUUAUCCAUUCAUUAGACUCAAGUCAUAUGAUGUUAACAUCUCUACACUGUGAACGUGCGGAAAUUACGUAUGUAUCAGUACAUGACUGUUUUUGGACACAUCCUAGUACUGUUGAAAUUAUGGGAAAAGUAAUUAUCAUAAAUGUGUAUCAUGUUUUAAAUUUGAACUGUAUAUUAAAUUGUUUUGUUUUUAUUAAUGCGAAUUUAGGUUUGUAGGGAACAAUUUCUAUCACUACAUAACGAACCAAUUCUUGAAAAUUUAUCCAAUUUUAUGAUUAACAAAUAUAAAAUUCCUGAUUAGUAAGUAUAAACGAGAUUAUAGAAAAAUACCGUAUAAUCUAUUUUACAUAAUAAAUACAAGUUUUUUUUUUCUUUCAGCAAUCAAACCAUUGCUACUCAAGGUUUGUUAAAUGUUUUUGAACAGUUACCAAAAAAAGGGAAUUUUAAUCUUAAUAGUGUUUUAGACUCAACAUAUUUUUUUAGUUAA